AUGGCCAGCCUUCGAAAAACCCACCCUCUCCUGAAAAUCGCAAACGAUGCCCUAGUUGACCUCCCCGCCCCCUCCAAUAUCUCUGUUUGAUGAAACUUCGGCUCUCUCCUAGGUCUCUGCCUAAUCUCGCAAGUCCUUACGGGCCUCUUUCUCGCUAUACACUACACCUCUGACAUUGCCACAGCUUUCUCUUCAGUUGCCCACAUCUGUCGAGACGUGAACUACGGCUGACUAAUCCGAAACAUACACGCCAACGGAGCUUCCUUCUUUUUCAUUUGCAUUUACAUGCAUGUGGCCCGGGGACUUUACUACGGAUCAUAUCUGUACAAAGAAACAUGAAACAUUGGCGUAGUACUUCUCCUUCUAGUAAUAAUAACAGCUUUCGUAGGCUACGUCCUUCCGUGGGGCCAAAUAUCCUUCUGAGGUGCUACAGUAAUUACCAACCUCCUUUCCGCCGUACCCUAUGUAGGCAACACCCUAGUCCAAUGAAUCUGAGGAGGCUUUUCGGUAGACAACGCAACCCUGACCCGAUUCUUCGCCUUCCAUUUCCUACUCCCAUUCAUCAUCAUCGGAGCAACCGCCCUUCACUUGCUCUUCCUACACGAAACCGGAUCAAACAAUCCGCUUGGCCUAAACUCAGACACCGAUAAAAUCUCUUUCCACCCCUACUUUUCUUACAAGGACCUCCUAGGCUUUGCCGCUCUCCUCCUUGCACUCACCUCCCUGGCUCUAUUCUCCCCCAACCUCCUUGGCGACCCAGACAAUUUUACCCCCGCAAACCCUCUAGUCACCCCCCCCCAUAUCAAACCAGAGUGAUACUUCCUUUUUGCCUAUGCCAUUCUUCGAUCUAUCCCUAACAAGCUAGGAGGCGUACUAGCCCUCCUUUCUUCAAUCCUCGUACUCAUAGUAGUCCCUAUCCUACAUACCUCGAAACAACGGAGCAUAACUUUCCGUCCCGUAACCCAAUUCCUAUUCUGAGUCCUCGUUGCAGAUGUUGCAAUCCUAACCUGAAUCGGAGGGAUGCCAGUUGAGCACCCAUUCGUCAUCAUCGGCCAAGUAGCAUCAUUCCUGUACUUCUCCCUUUUUCUCGUCUUUACUCCUGUGGCAGGAUGGCUAGAAAACAAAGCACUUGGAUGAUCUU